AUGGCCAUUAUUUCGGAAGUUGUUGCAUUCAUUUCAGCUCAUCUUCCAAUUUUGAUUACUGCAAUCUUAGCAAUUCACUUGGUCCGGAAUUUCACAACAAGAGGUGUUUCUAAGAUACCAGGCCCAUUCUUAGCCAAGAUCUCCGACCUAUGGAGGUUCGUUGACGUAGCACGCGGAAGAGCUCAUGAGACGCACAUCAAGCUUCAUGCACAGUAUGGGCAGUAUGUACGACUUGGACCGAAUCUAGUCAGCGUCCAAAACCUUGAUGCCUUGAAAACCAUCUAUGGCGUUAACAAGGGAUAUCGCAAGACAGAAUUCUAUGCAGUACAGCAGCAGCUGGCCAACGGCAAACCAACGCAGACACUUUUCACGACGCUCGAUGAAGACUUCCAUGCGAAGAUCAAGAGACCCAUCUCGAGUCUUUAUUCUAUGAGUACACUGACAGAAUUCGAGCCCUUUCUAACAUGCAUGCGUCUCAAUUCAGAUGCGUUCGAUGUGAUUGGAGAGUUGACCUUUGGAAAGCCGCUCGGCUUUCUCGAUCAGGGCCAAGACGUCGGCGACGUGAUGCUUUCAUUGGAAAAGAUGGUUGACUAUGCAGGAAUGAUUGGCCAAAUACCUUGGUUGGAUCAUCUAUUCAUCAAGAACCCGAUCAAGCGCAAAUUUGGCGGUGGUUCCACGGGUGCUGUCGCUCAAUUCGCGCGCCAGUGUCUCGAGGAACGUCUUCAGCGCCCCGAAGGAAAAAUAGAAAAUCCUUCUCACCGCGACUUCCUCACUCGCUUCUUGGAAACCAAAAAGACGUACCCGCAGGUUGUCGACGACCGUCAGGUCUUCUCGUGGACACUCAGCAACGUUAACGCUGGGUCUGAUACAACAGCAAUCUCACUACGAGCGGUGCUCUAUUACCUCCUCAAGACCCCCUGGACUUUUACCAAAGUCAUGAAAGAAAUUGUGGGAGCUAGGGAAAACGGUAAACUGUCAAUACCGGUGACAUGGAAAGAGAGCCAAGAGCUGCCGUACCUGGAUGCGGCUAUCAAAGAAGCGCUCAGACUUCAUCCCGCAGUAGGCCUGCUACUCGAAAGAAUUGUUCCUAAAGCCGGAAUCCAGCUUCCUGAUGGCCCAUUUCUGCCAGAGGGCACCGUUGUCGGUAUCAACCCAUGGGUUAUGCAUCGUCAUCCUGCAUUCGGCGAUCAUCUCGAGUCCUACGUGCCGGAGCGAUGGCUGCAAGGCGAACACGAACCUCGAGAAAGUUAUGAAAUUCGGAAGGCAGAGAUGCAAGGAGCGACGUUCACGUUCGGUGCCGGACCACGUACGUGUAUCGGCAAGAAUAUCAGCUUGCUUGAGAUCUAUAAAGCAAUCCCGACUCUUCUCUAUACCUACGAUAUCAGCUUGAGCUACCCAGACAAGGAAUGGGAUACCGUGAACGCGUGGUUUGUGAGACAAAAGAACAUCCAUGUAAAAUUGACCAAAUCCGGCAGGAGUUGA